UAUUUAACCUAAUAAAAAGGUGAUCUUCCAUGACGACCGAGACUUCCAGCGCCAACUUCCGCCCUAUGUCUCGGACAUCUGGUUAAACUCUUUUCCUCUCGUUGGCCGCCGCCACUGCGAUUUCGGGUGCGGCGUUCGCUAGUUUCUCCUUCCCCGCUCUCUUCCACUUUCUCAACCUGAUUCUUUGAAGAGAAGAGACGGGGAUAAGAACGAUGGAGUUUGGCCUCGUUCUUUCUAGUUACCGGGGCGACUUUGCUCCCCUCCUCUACUCGUCGAGCUGCCCCGCUUUUGUGAAUCAUGGAAGCAGAUUUCGCUCCCCUUCGUGUAUCAAGGUUCAGAAUCAGCUUCACUUCAUGUCUUCUGCAGCUUUAAUGGGAUCAAAUGCAAGAUGUGAAGCAAGCCGAACAAGCACCAUCCAGGAAGCAUCCGAAUUGGCUGAUAUCAACUGGGAUAAUCUUGGAUUUGGACUAGUUCCAACUGAUUAUAUGUACAUUGCCAAGUCACCCAGAGAUGGAGUGUUCACAGAAGGGGGAUUGCAGCGUUUUGGACCCAUUCAGAUGUGCCCAUCUGCUGGGAUCUUAAAUUAUGGACAAGGACUCUUUGAAGGUUUGAAAGCAUACAGGAAAGAAGAUGGAUCAAUUUUACUAUUUCGGCCUGAGGAAAAUGCUUGGCGGAUGAGGACUGGUGCUGAGCGGAUGUGCAUGCCAUCACCAACUGUGGAGCACUUUGUGGAUGCUGUAAAGGAGACUGUUCUGGCUAACAAACGCUGGGUCCCCCCUCCAGGGAAAGGAUCAUUGUACAUUAGACCUUUGCUUAUGGGCAGUGGGGCCGUCCUUGGACUUGCACCAGCCCCUGAGUACACAUUUCUUAUUUUUGUAUCUCCCGUUGGGAAUUAUUUCAAGGAGGGUUUAGCACCAAUAAACUUAAUAGUUGAAAAUGAAUUUCAUCGGGCAAUUCCUGGUGGCACUGGAGGCGUGAAGACUAUUGGAAAUUAUGCUGCGGUUUUAAAGGCACAAUCUAUAGCCAAAGCGAAAGGAUAUUCUGAUGUUCUGUAUCUCGACUCGGUUCACAAGAAAUACCUUGAAGAAGUGUCAUCCUGUAAUGUUUUUGUUGUAAAGGACAAAGUCAUAUCAACUCCAGCAAUAAAGGGAACAAUAUUACCUGGGAUUACAAGGAAAAGUAUAAUUGAAGUUGCUCAAAGCCAAGGAUUUCAGGUUGAGGAGCGGCUUGUAGCCAUAGAUGAAUUGCUUGAGGCUGAUGAAGUUUUCUGUACGGGAACAGCUGUGGUUGUAUCCCCUGUGGGGAGUAUUACAUACCUUGGAAAAAGGGUGGAGUAUGGAGACGGAGUAGGUAUUGUGUCUCAGCAGCUCUACUCUGCACUGACAAGCCUACAGAUGGGUCUUUCAGAGGACAAGUUGUGUUGGACUGUGGUGGUAGAUUAACAACUUCAAAUUCACUAACUAUUUCUGGAGGACCACUUUUAUCUCUCCUCGUUCUUGCUUGUGGCAAACAUAUCAUUAGAUCUUGGACAGCUCACCCAAUCGCUUGGUUUAGUGUUUGAUUUCAAUCAUUCAUUCAUCUUUAAUUACAGCAGCCAUUGAAAUUAACUGCUGGGUUUUUGUUUUGUGUUGUAUUAAAUAGCUUUUCGUCACCAGAUGAUUGAACUUGUGCUGUUUUUAUUGGUUAA